UUUUUGGCAAAGUGCUUUGACAGUAGAUUUUUUCUUUGGUGAAGCAGUGAAUUUCACAAUUUUCUCAAUUUUCGCGUGGAAAAUCACUUUUCCAAUAUGUCUGUGAUGUGUAAGUGGUGUCUGGUGAAGGUGCCUCAGGAACAGCACCUGGCGCAUUGCCGAACAGACUGGCAUCACCUGAAUAUGAAGAGAAAACUUGCGGACAUGCCUCCGCUCAGCAACAAAGAAUUCCAGGCUUUCACGAAGAAAAUCCAGGAAGCUGAAAACUCCCAGAAAACCCGAGAUGUGCUCUAUUGCACGGCGUGCAAGAAGAAGUUCGCCUCCAAGAUUGCCUAUGAGAAUCACGUGCUGUCUAAUAAACACAUCAGGAACGUGUCAGAGUCUGAGGACGAUCACGAACCGGUGAUUGUGAAGAAACCCGUCGAAGGCGCUGUGAAGCCUGAAAGCGACAUUGACGAUGAUUGGGACGAUUUGAGCGAUGUGGAUGAACUGGAGGAUGUGGAUUCGACGAUGUGCGUCUUCUGCUCUCUCAUGCACGAGAACUUGUCGCACAACAUCAGACACAUGGCUGAAGUGCACUCUUUCUUCAUUCCGGACGUGGAGUUUUGUAGCGACAUUGGCGGACUUAUUGGCUACCUGAUCGUGAAGGCGCACAAGGACUUCCUCUGUCUGUGGUGCUCAGCGGCGGGCUUUGCGUCUGUGGACGCCGUGCAGAAGCACAUGCGAGACAAAGGACACUGCAUGAUGCGCUUCGACGGCGAUGUGGUGGAGGAGUACGAGAUGUUCUAUGACUACAGCUCGACGUAUCCCGAAGGAGAGGCUCCUGAGGCGACUCCAAUCGCUGGCGAUGAAUUCCAGCUGGUUCUGCCGUCUGGUAAUGUCAUUGGCAAUCGUUCUCUGGCGCGAUAUUACAAGCAGCGCUUCAACUCUUUGGCUCUGGCGCUGGUGCCGAAGAAGAGGCACUCCAGGAUGUAUCUCAGCAAGCUGGCGGCGCCUGUCCAGGCUCAGGGGCGACGCAAUGUGGCCAAGUGGAAUCGGCAGUACACAAAAUGGUACAUGCAGCUGGGAACAAAGGCCAAUAAUCUGCAGAAGCACUUCCGAGUGCAAGUCAAUUUCUAAUGGGACGCUUUAUCAUCUGGAAAAUGUGGCCUGCAAUGGAUUUUUCCCCCAAUAAACAAUAUUACCAACUCA